GGACGAUAAAUGCCAAUAUAGGUGAAAUGAAGUUGCGAUGUUGCAAAAUCUGUAAAAGUUGAAAAGUGAGCAAUGGGAAAAACCAAGGCGUUGGUGAAAUAUAUACAUUUCUUUUUGUAUAUUUACUGAGGAUUCAAAACUAUAUCUCUACUAUUUUUGAGGGUAAUAGUAAAAUGUAGUUCGCACAAGUUAAACAUCAGUUUUAUGAGAUCAUGUGGCAGUGAGUGGGUAAUUGUUAUUUGCCUUUCGGACUAUAAACAUGGCUACUUUGUUAUGAUGUAUAUCAAUGACUAUAUUUUUCCUGUAAAUAUCACUAAGAGAGCAAUAAUUCUCCAGGAAAUGAUAAGAAGAUUUCAACGCCCAGACAAUGUCUGUUCUCCAGGCCAAGGUCUGGGCAAGCAAUGAACCUGUUCAGUUGUUUGUUCCCUUGUGCACUGCAGCACAGUUGGUGGGGUGUCGAAAACGAACAGUGUAUGACUGAAGAGUUCGUGCUCAGGAUGGGUGUAAAUGCUUCCGCUGCUGCAGGUGUAGAUCCAGCAAUGGGAUUAACUGAGACAUCAACCACAUCGAUAGGGGUUCUCAUAAGGGAGAAAAAGAAGAAGGUGACCGGUUUUGCUACGUUGAAGAAGAAGUUGAUCCGUCGAAGGAGGUCUUCUAAAGCAUGUGAUCAUGGGCGUAUGCUCAGGGAGUUGGUUAGCGAUUGGAGCGCCUUAGAAAUAGCAGCAUUGCUGGAGGAAUAUGAAGCACUCGCUGCUCUCAAAGACUUAUGUGUUCAGGCUGAAUUGGCUAGGCCCCCAGCUGCUACGUUCAAACAAGACUUAUCAGCACUGUAUGACUUCAAAUAUUGUACAGAUGCCGAUUUGGUGUAUAGAGGAGCUUGCUUUCCAAUUCACAGGGCUCUUCUAUCCGCACGAUGCCCCUACUUCAGAGAUCUCUUUGCAGGUUGUCCAGGUUAUGGUGCCCGAAUAUGUUUAGAAUUACGCACUGCAACUGUAGACGUGCAGUUGUUCUCAGCUUUACUCCGUUACUUAUAUACUGGCGAUAUUUGCCCUCAUGAUACGAAUAUAGAUAUUAAUUUGUUAAGGAGACUGAGGGAAGAAUUCGGCACCCCGAACGCUUUAGAAGCCGAUUUACGUUAUUUAUUAGAGACUGGGGACUAUGCCGAUGCAGCUCUGGUAUUCACAUCCGAUGGAUCGGACUGCCAAAGGCCUGACUCAGGUAGCUCGGAAUAUGGUUUUAGACCAAAACUCGAGUUACCCUGCCAUAAAGCAAUACUUUCUGCGAGAUCUCCUUUCUUCAGGAAUUUAUUGCAACGAAGAUCUCGUAGCGGAGAGGAGCAUACAGAGAGAGCAUUACACAUUCCCACCAGAAUAGUCUUAGACGAAAGUGUGAUACCUAAAAGGUAUGCAAGGGUUCUGCUUCAUGCGAUAUACCUGGAUCAGGUUGAUCUCAAUUUGAUAUCACGAAAUGGCUGUGGCGGUGGCCUUGGAGAGGCUCAAGCCUUGGCUCACACAGGCAGGGCUAGGUUAUCCCCUAUAGAAGAAGCCAUGGAAUUAUUCCAAAUCGGUCGUUUCCUCGAGUUGGACAUCCUGUCGCAGGGCUGUGAAGAUUUGAUACUGGAAUGGUUAUCGCAAGAAACUUUGCCUGCUGUACUCCAAUGGGCUAGACAGCCAUAUGGCUCAGCGUGGGUGCAUAGACAGGCUUUACAUUUUUUACGUGAAGAGUUCCAAGCUAUAACUCAAUCUCCAGUGCUGCAACAGUUGGAUAAGACGCAUUUAAUUGAGGUUUUAAGAAGUCCAUUCCUACAAGCUAGUGAGUUGGAGAUUUUGGCCGCAGUCCUGAAGUGGGGAGAAAGUGAAUUGAUAAGACGAAUGGAAGACAGAGAGCCAAACAUCGUGAGUCACACUGCUCAUUCGGUGGCGAGAAAGGGAAUAAAGAAGCGUGAUCUGAGCGAUGUGGAAUUGAGGGAGAUACUCUGUGAUCUAUUGCCUUUAGUUCGUAUGGACCAUAUCCUGCCUCCUAAUAGUGAUAUUCUAAACCAAGCGAUUAGAAGAGGCUUAGUUAGUACCCCACCUAGCCAUAUGAUAGGUGGUGAGAGGGAAAAUCUCCGCGUUAAUGCUUGGAUUCGAUCUGGUAAAAAUAAUGGACUGUUCAUUCAGCCGCGUCUCUUCAUGCCUUACUACGACGAGGUCAAGGUGUUGGUCGAAGAUCAGCUCAUUCAGGAAGUUGAGAUGAUGAGAAUGAGACGUGCUCGCUACAUGCAAGAUAUACCUGAUACGCUUUAUAUGGUGGAGGAACAACCACGACGGGGUCCAGUGGGUGUGGACGUUUUGGCUUCCGUUCUGCCAGUACCUGAUCCAACUGUGAUGAGCGCCAUGUUGAAGCGUGAACAGAAGCUGCGUUCAUCCCCCGGCUGCCAGAGGGCGAUAAACAUGCCCUUAUCCUCCAGACAAGAAAUAAACAGACAGAUCCGUUUGAGGGUGGUCAGAGAGUUCAACCUACCGGACCCGGUGGCCGAUAUGCUGGAGAACUACCACCACUUGUCUUUGGACCAGCACGACGACGAGCGUAAAUACGACGGUCCUAUCCAGUCGCCCGAAAAAUCCAGCCUGUUAUGCCAGGGUCACAUGACGUUCCCCAGGUCCAACUUCACCCAGAGACACGAACUACCCGCCGUGGUGGCGGAGGGGGAGUUCAGGUUUCCCGGAGAGCCGGAAUCUAGUUCUUGCAGCGACGGGCACUUGUCGGACAUAAUGCCCGACAUCGCCAUGGCCACGUCCACGAUGGGGCAGAUGCAGAUACAGGAUCAGCAAGAGAUGCAGCUCGAUCUCGGCGACGGGGCCUCGCAUCUCCAACCAAUGGCGAGCGCCUCCUACAGGCGGUAUCAGCCGUCUACCUACCCGCACCUGAGGUCCGAAACGCAGCCUUACCUAUCGCCCAAGAAUCGUUUCUUAUAGUUUCAGGCUUAUCCCCGGCGUUUGUAAAUAGACACGUUGGCUUCUGUCGGGUAAAUAUUACUUGUACAUCUGUGAUUUUUUCGUGACGAGACUGAUCGAUCCAGUAGCCGAUAGGUUUGGUGUCGAUUUAUUUUUCCCGAGAUUCGAGCGAAAUUAUAACCGACGAGAUUGUAUCAUUAUCGUAGGAAUAACUUUUAUUUAUUCUCAUCUUCUUGGUUCUGUGAACUUGUGCUUUUGGGGUAAUGAAAUU